AAAGGAUCUUAAGGGUUAGCAUCGCGAUCGACCCGGUCCUACAUGUUUUAUUUUAUCCGUUGAGAUAAAUGAUAAAUGAUAAAAGAUAAUUUUUUUGUAAACCAGCUGUCCUGAGCAAAAAAGGAAUCUUAAUUUAGCAAAUAGAUGGAGUCAAAGCCUUGCUUCCUUUUAGCUUUUCAGCCAAUUAGGGAGCACAGAGAAUCCAAUGUUAGUUUCAAUACAAGAAUGACAGACGGAAAGGCUUUCAAACCAGCAGAACUGCAUUUCAUUUCUAAAUAAACUGUGUUAACAGAUGCCUUAAUCUGUUGAAGGUCGUGCUUCCAAAAGGUUAGCAUCGACAGUACGGUUGAGAUUGAAAAGUAAGGCCUCACAUCAUGUUACUAACGUUGAAUUCGACGAGUUCUUUUCUUCAAAACGAAACUGCUCCGGGCCAACAGAGCUCGACAUGUAUCUUUGUUGAUUCGACUGCUGAGAGAAUUUCUCAAAUUUGCGCGUACUGUGUUAUUUUACUUGGCAGUUUAUUCGGGAACAUGUUUAUAAUCAUCAUCGUCUACAAAAACCGAGAUUUGCGCAAGACAGUGAACUAUUUCAUCGUGAAUAUGGCUGUGUCUGAUCUGCUGUUCCCGAUGUUUUUUCUCCCUGUUCAGAUAACUCAAUUGGCGACCUACUCAAGGCAAUGGCACGUCAGUGGAAUCUUAGGCUCGAUUUUUUGCAAGUUGUUUUAUUUUGCAAGCUCAGUGUCUCUUCUUGUUUCAGCUCAAAGCUUGGUGUGGAUAGCAAUUGAUAGAUUUGUCGCCGUGGUUUUUCCAAUGAAACUUGGUCUUAUUUCAACCAAGAUUCGCACAAUAGCUAUCAUUUCGACUUGGAUUUUUGCAGGAGUGUUUAAUUUUCCAUGGCUGUUAACUUGGAAACUUGUAGAACGUGGUAAUAACACAGCUUGUGAGAUAAUAUUUACCGAACCAGUUCUUCCUAACCAAGAGGCUUUCGCUGCGUAUACUUGGCUUUAUACGACCCUUGUAUCCUUCGCUCCGUUAGUUGUCAUGACUGUUUUAUACUCCGUGAUAACAGUUGCCUUGAAAAGACAGAAUAAAGCCCUCACUUACUCUGCACCAAGUCUUCAACGACUUUCUCUAAAGAAACGAAGGCAAGCUAUUCAAAUGGCGGUUGUUAUCGUAGUGAUGUUUUACAUUUGUGUUAUUCCACAAACAUUGAAAUAUAUCAUAUACAACUUGAGACCUUCUUGUGUUUUGCUAAAACCAUCUAUUUACUUCAUUGCGAGUUUUGCGUUGUCAUCGUCUUCUGUUGUCAAUCCAAUAAUUUGUCUGUUAUUUGUUCGAAGUUUUCGUCGUGGAUUGAGGAACAUGUUGCGUUCCUGUUGCAGACAGCGAAACAGUAGGGAACUAAAUGCGAGCAAAUAA